UGAGUCUUUCCUCCUCUCUUCUUCUCCAAGCCUUCAACUUUUCAAAUAAACCUUCUCUAUAAACUUCACCUUCUUCUCCUCAUAACUAACUUCAAUUAAAAAAACAAAACCUUUAAGCAUGAAGAGCUUCUUCGAUGGUGGUCCUAAUCGAAAGCAACCAGCUUUACUAGCUGUUGUCCUGUUACUACUACUAACCAUGUCGGAGCUAGCUUCUGGUCAACCGAGCCAAUCCGACCCGAACAACCCGUAUGACUACGGCGGCAGGUUAAGUCCAGUCAUGGCUGUUGUCGUGGUGGUGGUGAUCGCUCUUCUCUUCUUCAUGGGCUUCUUCACCAUCUACCUCCGUCACUGCACCAGCGCAUCCGACGGCGGCAGCGUUAACCCACGUGUAGGCGCGAGGAGAGUGAUAAACGCGACGGUGGCGCGUGGGCUAGACGCGGAGAUGCUCGAGACGUUCCCGACUUUCGUUUACUCUGAAGUAAAGACGCAGAAGAUAGGUAAAGGCGCGUUGGAGUGUGCGAUAUGUCUGAACGAGUUCGAGGACGACGAAACGCUGCGUUUGCUGCCUAAGUGCGAUCACGUGUUCCACCCUCACUGCAUCGACGCGUGGCUGAAGAGUCACGUGACUUGUCCGGUUUGCCGGACCAAUCUCGCUGAGCAAGAGCAGACAACAGCUGGGCCGGUCGAACCGGAAGUGGUAACCGAAAUUGAUCUCGAGUCGCAGCAAACGGUGGUUCCUGAACCGGCGGUGGAAGACGGGAGUGUGGCACGUGUCAAGCUCCCGAGGUCGCACACGACGGGGCAUUCGGUGGUGUUACCUGGAGAAUGUACCGAGCGGUUUACGUUAAGGUUACCGGAAGAGUUAAGGAAAAAGAUUAUGGCGAAUUGGAAGAUGAACCGGUCGAAUAGUCUUUUGAUUCGAUCGAGGAGUGGUAAACCGGUUGAACGGUCAAGGGCUCGGUCGGACCGGUGGUUGUUUAUCAAAACACCGUCGUUUUUGUGGAGGAGUAGGGACGAUGGUUCGAUUAGGCUAGGUGGUAACGGUAGUGUCAAAGCAAAUGCAGUAACAAGUCCAACCGGUGAUUCGGUACGAGCAGAACGAUGGAAUUUUCUUAGAAACCCGUCUUUUAUGUGGAGGACUACGCCGGUUCCUUCGCCGAGAGUUGAAGUUAAUAAAGACGGUGAAGGAACAUCAUCGGUUCGAGGUCAACAUACGGGUACAGUUGGUUUAUCUAGUGGUUCCGUUAGAUUACCGGUUUAGGUGGCUUCUGUCUUAUUCUAUAAAAAAAGUUUGUGUUGUUCAUACAAAAGAUUUUACGCAAUUCUUUUAUUUUCUUUUUCCUUUUUUUGAUGUAAGAUAUUUAUAUUAUGUUUCCUUUUUUAAUGUCAAUCCCAUGGACAAGGAGAUUGUAUUGUUUUAUAUUAUGUUUUUUCUUCAGAAAGAAAUCGACCAUUAAAGUCAAACAAAGAACAAUGAGUAGUAUUGGGUGGAGAUUGACCUCUCUGUUCUUUAAGAAACAAACAAGAAAAGUCUUAUUCGUCGACCAAGGAUACAUAGAAGAGAAGAUA